GCGCGACGUGCUUCGCCGGAUAAAUGCGGUGGCGCCCCGCGUAAGAGCGCUUGGGUCUUGAGCGCUUGGGCGUUCGGACGUUUGGUGGCGUCGUGGCCGGCGCCUCAGCCAGCCGCUGUUCCUUGCUGUGCUAUGGCGGAUGAGGGGAAGUCGUACAACGAGUAUGAUGACCGUGUUAGUUUCCCUCAAAGAAGAAAGAAAGGCCGGGGUCCUUUCCGGUGGAAGUAUGGUGAGAGUAACCGUCGCUCUGGAAGAGGUGGUUCUGGUAUCCGGUCUUCCCGGCUUGAGGAGGAUGAUGGAGAUGUAGCAAUGAGUGACGCCCAGGAUGGUCCCCGAGUACGAUACACCCCCUAUGCUGCCCGACCCAACCGCCGGGGCGACACUUGGCAUGGUCGAGAGCGUAUUCAUGUUACUGUGCGGAGAGACAGAGCUCCUUUAGAGAGAGGAGGGGCCGGCACCAGCCAGGAUGGGACCUCCAAAAACUGGUUCAAGAUUACGAUUCCUCAUGGCAGAAAGUAUGACAAGUCAUGGCUCCUGAACAUGAUUCAGAGCAAGUGCAGUGUGCCCUUCACUCCCAUUGAGUUUCACUAUGAGAACACACGGGCUCAGUUUUUUGUCGAGGAUGCCAGUACUGCCUCCGCGUUGAAGGCGGUCAACUAUAAAAUUCUGGAUAGGGAGAACAAGAGGAUAUCCAUCUUCAUCAACUCCUCUACCCCACCCCUCACUGUACAGAGUGAACUGAAGCCAGAACAAGUAGAGCAACUGAAGGUGAUCAUGAGCAAACGCUAUGACGGCUCUCAGCAAGCACUGGAUCUCAAGGGCCUGCGUUCAGACCCAGAUCUGUUGGCCCAGAAUAUCGAUGUUGUACUGAAUCGUAGAAGCUGUAUGGCAGCUGCCUUGCGAAUCAUCGAAGAGAAUAUCCCAGAGCUCUUGUCCUUGAAUUUGAGUGACAAUAGGCUAUUCAGACUGGAUGACAUGUCCACCUUGGUACAGAAGGCACCCAACCUAAAGAUCCUAAACCUCUCCGGAAAUGAAUUGAAGUCUGAGCGCGAAUUAGACAAGAUAAAAGGGCUGAAGCUAGAAGAGCUGUGGCUUGAUGGAAAUCCCUUGUGUGACACCUUCCGAGACCAGUCCACCUACAUCAGCGCCAUUCGUGAACGGUUCCCCAAGUUGUUACGCCUGGAUGGCCAUGAGUUACCCCCACCAAUUGCCUUUGAUGUUGAAGCCCCAACACUGUUGCCACCCUGCAAGGGAAGCUAUUUUGGAACAGAAAACCUGAAGAGUCUGGUCCUGCACUUCUUGCAGCAGUACUAUGCAAUUUAUGACUCUGGAGACCGGCAGGGGCUCCUGGAUGCCUAUCAUGAUGGGGCCUGCUGUUCCCUGAGCAUUCCUUUCAUCCCCCAGAACCCCGGCCGAAGCAGCUUGGCAGAGUACUUCAAGGAUAGCAGAAAUGUGAAGAAGCUUAAAGACCCUACACUGCGGUUCCGAUUGCUGAAGCACACACGUCUCAACGUGGUCGCCUUCCUCAAUGAGUUACCCAAAACUCAGCAUGACGUCAAUUCCUUUGUAGUGGACAUAAGCGCCCAGACCAAUACAUUGCUGUGUUUUUCUGUCAACGGUGUCUUUAAGGAAGUGGAUGGAAAGUCCCGGGAUUCUUUGCGAGCCUUUACUCGGACAUUCAUUGCCGUUCCUGCCAGCAAUUCAGGGCUGUGUAUUGUAAACGACGAACUAUUUGUGCGGAACGCGAGCGCUGAAGAGAUCCAGAGAGCCUUCGCCAUGCCGGCACCCACACCUUCCUCCAGCCCCGUGCCCACCCUCUCCCCGGAGCAGCAGGAAAUGUUGCAGGCGUUCUCUACUCAGUCUGGCAUGAACCUUGAGUGGUCUCAGAAGUGCCUUCAGGACAACAACUGGGACUACACCAGAUCUGCGCAGGCCUUCACUCAUCUCAAGGCCAAAGGCGAGAUCCCAGAAGUGGCAUUCAUGAAGUGAUCCGGUGUCAUGUCCCAGAAGCCCCCUGUAAAUAGUCUCUGGAUACUGUCCGGUUGUCAUCGUCUUUGUCUCCUGUCCGGCCGAGGCCACCCUGUGACUGUGACCGAGGAGGGAGGGCUGCUGAAUCCCUCUCCUCACCGCCUUCUGGAAGACUUCCGGAAGAUUGAGCCUCUCUGGUGCCAGGAAGCCAAAGCGUACUUUAUAGAACUGACACUAAACUACCGAAGGACUUAGGUGCUUUGUGUACUUAACCCCAGGAUCCUCCGUACUUUUUAAGAUAAAGAGUGACAGUUGUA